AUGAAAGACGCCAAGGCUGCAAAAACCUUGAUUGCUUUAAAAGCUGCAUUGGCUAAAGGUUUCGAUCCUAAUACAGUCUAUGAUUGCCAUCGCACGUACUCUCUGGAUGAUAGAGAAUUGAGGCGAUGGAGGCCUACAGCUACAUGUUUGCACUGGGCUUUCGAAGAGUUGACUCUCGAAGUCGCGGAUUAUCUCCUCCAACAUGGUGCUGAUAUCGAUCUUUAUAACCAUGGGCAACUCACCGUUCUCCACGAAGUUAUCUUGGAUGAGAACGAAGAGGCAGUCGCAUUUCUGCUGGGAAGGGGCGCAGACCCUGAGAGGCGCUAUCCCGAUGGUAUUAGCUGUCUAUGUAUGGCACUAGUGAUCAACAAUGUCGCCAUUUUUCGCCUUUUAGUUGAUGCCAUACCUGACCUAACCACUGCUUCAGUCGGUCGUUGGACCAUCGUCGACCUUGCACUUCUGGCAGGAGAUCACAGAGCUUUGGAAAUACUUUUGCAGAAAGACCGAACCUUGAAACCUUCUCCGUGGAAUUGUUCUGAACUCCGAGAGGUUCCGGAGGAAUGGAAAUCCCCUUCCAGAGCCAAGCAACUGCUUGCGAUCUGUACUAGCAAAGUCCUAAUUCCUCCCUCGGAGCUGUACGAGAUUUACACGUAUAUCCUGCUUUCGCUGACCGGAACCCAUCAUGUUGAGUCAGGUACUAUAAUGCCAAUGUUGCUCAUCAAGGAUUUCUUUCGAGCCUUGUAUGAUGCCGCAUGCAUUACCAUGCCAGCAUCACGGGUGAUACUCUGUCAGCAUUGCUUAUCCUUCCAGCACUUAUGUAGCAAAUCUGGGGAUUGGUUCCAGAUUCACGAAAGUCGGGAUGAGCUUGAUGAAUGUGCGCAGAACUGUCCAUUCUGUCGUUUGGUUGUCGACGCUUUUGAUAAUGCAGAAGACGUCGCAAAAAAAGAAAAUGGAAUCAUCGUGAAGCAUAGGAAUGGAGAUUGUGGAGGAAUAGCAAGGAUGUGUUACUUUUGCCUGACUGGAAAGUCGAAGAUUGAAAACGACCAUAUUCCAGUGCAAGAGGGUACAGCUGCAACACCUAUUCGCUUUAUGCUUCGCCACGAUGAUUUUUUAGGGCCUGAGCCUCAAGAGAAGACCUCAUUGAUCGCCGAGGACAGACAGAAAAAGCUUACGGUCAAGUUACCUAUAGAUGUAAUUGACGAAGCAUGUAUUGUUGACCCAAACACCUCAGUUGGGCUUGACAUAUCGACAGGAUCCCCGCAAUCCUUUGAUAUAGCGGCGAGAUGGCUCGACCAAUGCCGAGGAUCAAGUGAUCAUGGGGACUGCCAAAAUGCCUACCCUAACAAGAGACGCAACUUGAGGCCAGAGUUACCAACUCGGAUUUUGGAUCUCAGCAGCUUUCCCAAUAUUCGAUUAGUCGAGACCAACGGCACCAGAUCCGCGUACUGUGCACUUUCGUAUUGUUGGGGAGACAUGGCGAUUAACACGACAACUACACGUGGGAAUGCCUCCAUACAUAUGGAGGGAAUACCUGUGGAAUCUCUUUCGGUCUUUAUACAGGAGGCCUUGGUGGCAGCUCGAACCUUGGGAUAUCGAUAUAUCUGGAUCGACGCUCUAUGUAUAAUACAAGACGAUCCUGAUGACUGGGACAAAGAGGCGUCAAGAAUGAAGGACGUUUAUUCGAACGCCGAGCUGACAUUAUCCAGUCUCGUUGCAAGUGGCUGCCAUGAACAUCUGUUCCGCUCACGCGGCGUUAGGACGACACGGCCUGUUCCUUUUGAAAUUUGGAGACCAAAAGACAAGCGCCCGUCGUGGAAAGAGGAAGUCGUCUAUCAAUACGCCGUUUAUCCGUCAUUCCUGAUUGGUGGUGGCGGCGAUCCUAAUGGCUUCUCUAGGGCUGACAGUGUCGUAUCAAAAGCGCCCAUCACCUCUCGCGGGUGGGUUUUGCAAGAGCAGAUGCUGAGUACCAGAAUCCUGUACUUUGGCUGCAAUCAACUCCUCUGGGAAUGUCUUUGCGUUGCAACAACCGACCUGGACCCCUCCAGAGUCAUGACUACCAGGGGACUUGGGACGCACAUUGAAAGGAAAUAUGCACUACAAGGUCUAACCGAUCCGAAGCUCCGGUACGAUUCGGAAAACAGAAAAUAUCAGCCAUACGGAACUUGGCAAUCUCUUCUUACGAACUAUACUAAGCGCCACCUCACGAACUCAUCUGAUCUUAUUCCUGCAUUCUUAGCAAUUUCCAAGGCCCUAGAGAGCGCUAUAGGUGAUGUGUUUAUCGCAGGAGUUUGGAAAGGAGAAAGGCUAUUGGAAAGUCUCUCCUGGAAUGUGAGAGAAGCAGCUGAUAAACAUCCUCAGGAACCUUCGUGGUCUUGGGCAUAUGUGGGUCAAAUCAUCCACUUCGAUUGCCUCGUACAGGGGUACAAAUUAGCGCUGUCUAUUCCCCUGGCUACCAUGGUCUCGUUUGACGUACAGACGAAUUAUUCACAAAGCAACAUAUCGGGUUCCAUCAAACUUCGAGGAAUACUACAUCAAAAGGAGUUCAACAUUUCGUCUGAAAGCAAUGGUGUAUUUUUCGAUUAUCAAGAAGAUACAGUGGAUAAAUGUUAUGCUCUGGAUCUUGUAGCUCUUGAUAAAGAAGUUACUGAUGAGUAUUCGGAGGACUCGGAUGGAGAUGAAGUGGAUGACAUCCUGCCAAUAAUCGUUGUUAGACUCCUCUUGAAGCCAGUUGAUCAGACUGAUAGCUCUGAAAUUCCAUGCACGUUUAGGAGAAUAGGAAUUUGCAGAGAUGAAGGAGACCGCGAUCAAGUUUUGGAAGACGUGCUACUACCCCGAAAAAAUAGUGAUGCGAAAGGAGUUUGGAGUGGUAUUGAAUGGUCUGAAGGGGAUCAAAUCAUCACCAUAAUUUAG